GUGAGCUCAGCGAGUUUGUUUCUGUGGGCCUAAUCCCCCCAUGCUAGCCGCCAGCCUAUAAAAGGGACACAUGUUUGCUUUCAAUACACACGCUGACACGCUGAGUGAGACAGACAACGGCUACUGACUAACACACAGUCAUCAUGUCCUCUGGUGGAGAGAAGACCAAGCCUGCCUCCCAGCCUGAUGGGAAGGCUGCUCAGACUAAGAGAACUGAGACAGGCAUGGGAAACUACAGGAUGUUUGUGUUUGAUCAGGAGAACUUUCAGGGCCGUAUGAUCGAGAUCACCAACGAGUGCAUGAACGUGUGUGAAAUGGGCAUGGACAAAGUGCGUUCUCUCCGUGUGGAGUGCGGCCCUUGGGUGGGUUGGGAGCAGAUGAACUUCUGUGGAGAGAUGUACAUCCUGGAAAAGGGUGAAUACCCUCGCUGGAACUGCUGGAGCAACUGCCACAGGAACGACUACCUGCUCUCCUUUAGACCCGUCAGAAUGGACCCAGAAAAGCAUAAGAUCUGUCUGUAUGAGGUUGGUGAGUUUAAGGGCCGCAAGAUGGAGAUUAUCGAUAAUGACGUUCCCAGUAUGUACACCUACGGCUUUACCGACCGUGUCGGCAGCAUCAUGGUCAGCUGUGGCACUUGGGUGGGCUACCAGUACCCCGGUUACCGUGGCAGCCAGUACCUGCUGGAGAAGGGCGACUACCGUCACUUUAACGAGUUUGGUGCUCGUCAUCCUCAGAUGCAGUCCGUCAGGCGCAUCCGUGACAUGCAGUGGCACCCAGAUGGCUGCUACACUAUGGCCACCAAGUGAGGGCUUGGGAGGACGAGAAAGAGAGAGAACAGGGGGGAGAGAAAAAGAGGGGGAGACGAAGAGAAAGGAGGGGGAGGGGGGAGGGCCAAGAAGGAGAGGAGGAGCGCACCACCCAUAUGAGUCAUCCAGGGUGGGAAGAGAGCGAGAAACAGAAAGCAUUCUUGGCCUGCCGCAAGAGAACACAAAAACAUUGGUCGAAAAUGUGGCUGUCAAUAUCUAAUGACUGCAACUGUAAAGUUUGACAUUUGGCAUUUUCUUUCUCACCCCUCUUUAUUCUCUCUAAAUCCUUUACCUCUUCUUCCAUCUUCUUUCUUCUCUCUUCUUCCUCUUCCUCAUCCUCCUUUCCCCACUUUUCCCCUGACGAAAUCAGUCCAUCACAAUAAGCCUUAAGUGAUCUCUGACUCGGGGGGUCAAGGAUGAUGAUUGACAAGGGUGGGUUGGGCGUGGCAACGGGUGCUGGGGAGAGGGUUGUUUUGGCCUAAAGGCCAUGUAAAACCUCCACAUGCUUUUGGAACAGUAAUAAAAAUGACACCUGUGACCAUU